AUGGUUAAUACAGAUUUUGAGAAGAUUCACUUGAAUCAAUCGAAAAAUUAUGGUCGUAUGCGUAUUGCAGACUCAGGGUUGGGUUGGAAAGCGUCUGUAACCAACAAUGCAUCAGCAAGCAAUAACGCCCCAUUUUUGUUGCCAUCAGAGGAAAUAUUAGCAUCACAAUGGUCUCGUGGAUCUCGUGGAUACGAGUUGAGAGUUCAGACAAAGAAUAAGGGUGUGGUGAUGUUGGAUGGUUUUGAUGUGGAAGACUUUGCCAACUUGAAGCAGGAAUUACAAAGAAAUUUCCAAGUAAAUUUAGAACAUAAAGAACAUUCGUUGAGAGGUUGGAAUUGGGGUAAGACUGAUUUGGCUAGAAAUGAAUUGAUUUUCCAAAUCAACAAUAAACCAGAUUUCGAGAUUCCGUACUCUGAGAUCAGUAAUUCCAAUUUGACUGGUAAGAAUGAGGUUGCCGUUGAAUUCAAUUUGGAUGGUGCCAACAGCAAAGCGGGAGAUGAAAUGGUUGAAAUGAGAUUCUACAUUCCAGGAACAUUGGAAAACGAGACUGCUCCUGCUGUUAAAGAAGAGAAUGGUGAAGUAAAGGAGGAAGAAACUGAAGAAAUCAGUGCUGCUACCGUAUUUUACGAACAAUUAAAGGAUAAGGCUGAUAUUGGGCAAGUUGCUGGUGAGGCUAUCGUAUCUUUCAGUGACGUAUUAUUCUUGACGCCUAGAGGUCGUUACGAUAUCGAUAUGUACCCUACAUCAUUAAGAUUACGUGGUAAGACAUAUGAUUACAAAAUCCAAUACAAGCAAAUCGAGAGAAUUUUCUCACUUCCCAAGCCAGACGAAACCCACCAUUUACUUGUUCUUCAAAUUGAUCCACCAUUAAGACAAGGUCAAACAAAAUACCCCUUCUUAGUGAUGCAAUUUGCUAAAGAAGAAGAAAUUGAGUUGGAUUUGAAUGUUUCGGAAGAAGAAUACAACAAUAAAUAUAAAGAUAGAUUGAAGAAGAGUUAUGACGCCCAGACACAUCUUGUCAUGUCUCAUUGUUUUAAGGGAUUGACAGAACGUAGAUUGGUUGUUCCCGGAUCAUUCCAGUCAAGAUUUUUACAACCGGGUAUAUCUUGUUCUUUGAAGGCUUCUGAGGGGUACUUAUAUCCAUUAGAUAGAUGCUUCUUGUUUGUUACCAAGCCUACAGUUUACAUCCCGUUUUCCGAGAUCAGCAGUAUAACCAUGUCUCGUACAGGUGCUGGCGGAGUUUCGACUUCACGUACAUUUGACUUGGAUAUCACUUUAAGAGGAUCGAAUCAAUCGCAUAAUUUCGGUAGUAUUGAAAGAGAAGAACAAGAAACCAUAGAAAACUAUUGUUUACAAAAAGGAUUGAGAAUUAAGAACGAAGAGAAGUUGGCCAAGGCAAUGUUGGCCAAAGCUAUGAAUGAAACCGCAGACGAUGAUGACGAUGCGGAUGUGGAUAUGGGUAGUGCUGGAGAUGAUGAUGACGAAAGUGCCGAUGAUGACUUUAAUUCUGGUUCUGAUUCGGAUGUUGCUGAAGAGUUUGAUUCAGAUGCCUCCGAUUCGGAUGCAGAAAUGAGCGACUCUAACCAAGAACCUCCUCAGAAGAAGCCAAAAAAUGAAUAA